AUGUCAACGUCUAUGAGCUCUGUGGUGUAUGCCAUCUUUCUUGGGGCCAUGAUACUAUUCAACAUGGUAGGUAAUUCAAUGGUCUGCAUUGUUGUACUAAAGAAUAAAGCCAUGAGAACCUCGAUCAACUGGCUUCUGUUUUACCUGGCCAUUGCCGACGUACUUGUUGCAGUAUUUUUCACACCUUGCAUUCUGAGCCAUUUUAUCAAGUUGCCAAGUGGUAUCGUUGGAGAUAUGCUGUGCAAGUUCCUGAUGGGUGGGGCCUUUGGUUGGGCUUCGGCUUCAGCCUCGAGCUUUUUGCUGGUGUUGAUAGCAUUUGAGCGCUAUCACGCCACGUUACAUCCUCUAAAAAUGCUUUCUCGUGGUCGUUCCUUAAGGCUUGUUCCAGUGCUCUGGAUCGUGGCAAUCCUUCUGGCCGCGCCAAUGGUAUUAUUGUUUAUUUACCAGAAAGAAAUUCAAGCGUGCGAGAUAGUCUUCCCAAAUUACUUGACGUCCCGAUUUUAUCACCUUAUUUGGUCAUGUUGCAACGAGUUUCUGCCGAUAUGCAUCAUGGGAUACCUAUACACAAGAAUUGUUCUGUGUCUCCGCGAACGUUCCCUGGUCUCAGCCUCCUCUCAAACUAAGGUCUUACGCUCCAGGCAUAAGGUAACUAGGAUGCUCAUUUUGGUGUCUGUUAUCUUCGUCCUUUGCUGGACGCCUUCUGCAGUCCUCUGUGCGCUGACCCCGUUGGUUCCUGGUCAUCGUGUCACAGUGGAUAAAGUGGCGGAAGCGAGUGCGCUGUUGAAUUCCUGUCUCAAUCCACUGUUAUACACCUUGCAUAGUCAACAGUUCAGGAGGAAUCUCGCUUCGCUGUUUUCUUGCUCGAAAAGAGAGAAAAAAACCAAAUAG